AUGUCUACUGGGCAAUCUACACCUACUGGUGAUCCAUCCUACGUUACAUUUAGAAAAAAAUACUCACAUAGUUCGAGUGGAAAUAUGACACCUACAACAGUGGUAGCAAAAAUGAGUGAAUCGCCGAUAAAUGACUCCCACAUAUUAACCACUCUUCACUCAUCUGACGAUUCCCAGGCUACACCUAGUCAAAUAUUAUCACGGAGCUUUGACUUCACAAUUACUGAUUCUAUUACGGUGCAGGAAAUGAAGGACACUAUAAAUAAUUUACGGUCAGAGAUCACAAGUACGCAAAAUGAGCUGGAUAAUACUAUAAUUGAGAACAAGGACCUUCGGAGACAAAUCACAAAAUUAACACAAGAAAAUAACCUACUAAAAACUCUAUGUCAAUCACCAAUAAAUGAUAUCCAAAUGAAACACCAAAACAUAAUAAAAGAGAAAAAUAUUCAUUCUGCUCACUUCAAAGUUUUAUAUUCGCCAACCGCCUCUACGCCCUCAAAACUAUCUGAAAGGAAAAAAAUAGAAAAGGUAUUUGAUGCGGAGAUAGCUAUUAUCUUAAAACAAAGGAUUUCGGAAUUAGAAAACCAACUAAAGAGCGCUGAAAACGAAAUUAAAAUUCUUAAUGAAAAAAUUCAUCAAAAAAUAUAG